AUGGCUUCAACCAGCCUGCCAAAUGAGUUGUUUCUGCUGAUCGCUCAACAGCUGCCGGCCUUGAUUGAUUUGUCCAGAUUGAUGCAGGUGGAUCGGAGGAGAUAUCACCUUCUACGCGAAUACCUAUACGAUCGAAUUACCGGCAAUGAGAAGAACAGGGUUCUUCGCUGGGCGGCGGAACAUGGCCAUGAAACAAUUGUGCGUGCCAUGUUGCAGCGCGGCGGCGAGUACUAUUCGUUGAAACGCCUCCUUUUGGAUGACGGGACCAUUGAGUCUGGCCCGAGGCUGAUGCUCGAUGGUGCUAUUGCCGGCGCCGCGGGCAACGGGCAUGCCAGUAUAUUGAGGCUGUUGCUGAAACGCCUGUCCGGUCCGUUGACAGUGCCUCUUCCCACAAGUGAAGCGCCAAUUGUGAGAGCCGCCGUCAAUGGUGACGCCGAGACGGUGACGAUCUUAUUGGAACACACCGCCGCAACGCAAUCCAGUCUCUCAUCAGGGCAAGCUGCAACAGAUCUCGCGGCCGAGAAAGCUGAUCGGGAAGCUCAGAUCACUCGCUUGUACAGCUACGCUUUAAACGAGGCUUUGCGACACGCACGGGAGGAGAUAGUAAACCUGCUCCUCGCGGAUGGUCGCGUUCAGUUGAACUCGCAAAGUAUAUGCGCCGCGGCGGCGGGUGGGAGCCUGAAGCUUGUGGAACUUUGCCUGCAGCAGGCGCCCGCGUGGUCUCCGGGUACGGGCCACGAGUCGCCGCUCGGGGCAGCUGCACGGAGAGGUCAUGAAGCUGCCUUCACAUUGAUCUCUCAAUCGGGGAAUUUCGAUCCAAAUAUGACAGAUGAGGCGGGCAGGACGCCGCUUGCUGUUGCUGCAGAACAUGGUCAGAAUAGGAUUGUCGAAAUCCUGCUGGGUACCCCAGGCGUGGAUGCAGAUCCUCAUGAUAAAUACGACCGAACCCCUCUUGAACUUGCAGCCAGCAAAGGCAAUAUGGUGCUCGUACAAUGGUUACUUGCGAUGCCAGGUGUAGAUGUCAACAAUUGCGACUCAGAUCAUUACAUACCCAUCAGUUCCGCAGCCAGCUCUGGAAAAGUUGAGGUUGUGAAACAAUUGCUAGAGGCUGGAGCAGAUCCCGACUGUCCAGAUAACGAAGGUCGCACACCCCUGGCUCGUGCAGCAUACUCAGGAGCCAAUGAAGUUGUAAAAGUCUUACUGUCAACUGGCAAAGUGCAGGCGGAUUCCCGUGACGAGGGGGGCAUGACGCCCUUGAUGCUCGCAGCGAAAUCCGGUCGAUUUUUGAGAAAACCUGACGAUUUCGUCCGAACACGACCUUAUGAGCUGGAAACCGAGAAAGUGAUUGUGCCUUUGCUCAAAGGGGAACAACCGCCUCCCUUGAACCUCAAGGGCCUGCUUCUGGAGCCAGACGUCAACCGGGACAUUUCCACUCGCGGUGCACUCUCCGUCAUGGAGCAGCUUCUGGCCCGGGACGACGUAGAUCCCAACGCGCGAGAUGGACAGGGGAGAACGGCACUAUCCUAUGCCGCGGAAAUGCAUGAGAUCGAUGCCAUUCGAGCCUUGAUGGAAGAUGGGCGCGUGGAUGUGAAUUGUGCCGACAACGAUGGGUGGACACCAAUGACUUGGAUAACCAAAAAGGUCAAGGAUAGCCCCUGGCAUAAUGACUGGGAGGUCUAUUAUGGACUAUGA